AUGAUUUACCAUCUGAAGGUGAAGACGAAUGAUCCGAUUCCCUUGUGUCCUCAUUUGCAAAUGGGGCUCUGCAAGAAUGUGCAAACACCAGCUGAAUCAAAAGCUGGUUUUGCACGCACGUAUCACUUGACGUAUCCGAGCGGUGAGCAUCCUUAAGACAGAGUUGAUGCGGCCAAGGCGCUUCAUCUAUUCCUUCCAGUGAUCGUCCCAUUCAAAGCAAGAGCGCAGAAGGUGAAAUUAACGGAUGAUGAAAUGCAUGAUUUCACAAAGAAAAUAGGAACACUUGAAGAUGCAUACUCAAAUGACGUGGAAUUUUUUCACAGUAACGAAGAUCAGCUCCGCCAUCCACCAGGCUUGCCGGUACGAUCAUGUUUUUUUACACGAUUUCGAGUUGUAGUGAGACCGCUUGAGCUCGAUCACAUUAUCGCCAUAUCCUCAGAAUAA